CUUCGAUUCCGCUCUUUGCUGGUCAUUCAUUCAUUCAUUUAUUAUACUUCUCUUUACCAACAUUCAUUAUGAAGUUUCUUACUUUGGCUACCCUGGCGGGAGCCGUUUCGGCUCUUCCCUCUCAGUCUUUGGUCAAGCGUGCUGCCGUCUCUGGAUCAGCUGAAGGUUACGCUUCUGGUGUCACUGGUGGCGGCAACGCGAAGGCUGUCACCCCUACAACCACCGCUGAGCUGAUCAAAUAUCUUGGUGACCCCUCCCCUCAGGUCAUCAUCCUCAACAAGGAGUUUGACUUCACUGGCACCGAGGGUUCGGCCACAGAUUCCGGCUGCGCUCCGUGGGGAACUGGCAGUGGGUGCCAGACAGCCAUCAACAAGGAUAACUGGUGCAAGAACUACCAGCCCAAUGCCCCAACAAUCGCCAAGAUCACCUAUGACAAGGCCGGUGUGCAGGGAAUCAAGGUCGCUUCCGACAAGACCCUCAUCGGUGAGGGUUCCAAGGGUGUCAUCAAGGGCAAGGGUCUCCGCAUGGCUGGUGUCAAGAACAUCAUCAUUCAAAACAUCAUGGUCACCCAAAUCAACCCCCAAUACGUCUGGGGUGGCGACGGUAUCACUAUCGCUGGAGGUGACAAGAUCUGGAUCGACCAUGUCACCACCUCUGAAAUCGGCCGCCAGCACAUCGUCCUCGGUGAAGCCGCUUCAGGCAAAGUCACCAUCUCCAACUCCGAGAUCAACGGCCAGUCCAAGUGGAGCGCCACCUGCGACGGCAACCAGUACUGGGGCAUCUACUUCACCGGUUCCAACGACCAGAUCACUUUCAAGGGCAACUACGUCCACCACGUCUCCGGUCGCGGCCCCAAGGUCGCUGGCAAGACCGUCCUUCACGCUGUUAACAACUACUUCGGUCCUUCGUCCGACCACGAGUUUGAGGUCGCUUCCGGCUCUUACGUCCUUGCUGAGGGCAAUUACUUUGAUGGUGUUCCUACACCUAUCAAAGAGGCUGAUGGUGCCAUCCUCGCUCGCGACAACACCAUGGUCAACUCCGGCAAGUUUGAAGGAUCCAACUCUGCGGUUGAGCAGCAGAUCAAGAACGCGGGCACUGUUGCUAAGGCUGAUAAGCCUUCUGCCAACAUUAAGAACUCUGCUGGUUUCGGCAAGUUGUAG